UAUCUAUUGUUUAACAGCACAGAACCAGCCCAACUGCUCAAGCCUUUCAUCUGUACAGCCCUCUUCUUUGCUUAUCCAGCAGCAGCGCUUUCCUCAGUAUCCCCCGCCCUUCACAGCCAUGGUGCGAAAAGAUGGAUCGCCAAUGCCCAAAGCUCAAAAUUGUCCAUAUCCUGAAGCACCCACAACACAAUCAGUCAUACCCACAGCUCUAUACUCCAGUGGACAGGAAACUGUUACUGCCCUUACCUAUUACCCGGUAUGCCAGGAACUGUCUGCACAAGGCAAUCCGAACAUCCUUGAGUUUUUACCCCUGACAAAUGGAAAUGAGGCGCCCUCCUCGCAUCCUCUACCUUCCAUGGAUGAUUUGCGGCUUCCUACAUGUCUCUCUCCGUUAGAUCUCCCUACCAUCAACAGCUCAACGCACCAAAGCAGUAAUAUCCAGCCACAUACAACGUUAGACAGGCGACCUUGGCUCAUAAAUAACCCCAGACCACUACAAUAUCCUCUUAGUGCCAUCAAUCCCAAACCAAAUAAAAGUUCAUCUGUACCACAGUAUACAAACGGCAGCGGUUGGUGGCAUCUGGAGAUAAAUCCUCAAAUUUGCGAAACACGGGCCGCAUCUUGUACUGUGAAUGAGGUGGAGGACAGAGGAGCAAUAUCUGCUGGCCCUGGAAAUGUGGCAAAACCGAAAUCUGAUCCCAGGAUAAUGAAGGAAAGUUUAAAGAAGGUUGAAAAGAUUGGAGCAAUAUCUGCUGGUCCUGCACAUGUGGCAGAAGAAAGAUCUGAUUCCAGGAAAAAGAGGAAGAGGGUUGAAGACAUUGGAGUAAUAUCUGCUGGUCUUCCAAAUGUGGCAGAACAAGAAUCUUCUUCCAGGAAGAAAACGGGAGGUUUGAAAUGCAAACAAGUACAAGAUGUCACGAUAGACGAUGCUGAAGUGCCUAAAAGGAGGAAGAGCAAGCACAAAAGUUGUCAACAAGAAGCCAGUUCUCUUUUGUCAUUGGAAUGCGUGAAAGUCAAUAAUGGAACCAAAGAGCAGACAAACCUGAGCAUUAGUUCGUCGAGCAACAAUGUGCUGACGAAGGAAAGAGAAAUGGCCGAUCAUUCUAACAAAGAUUUAGUGAAACCAGAUGAACCGUCAACCAUCAAAGAAGAUCUGAGAGAGGGAACCAGAGGGUCCGGGGAUCUCAAAACUGAACAACGGACAAGGAUCCCGACCAGGGGCUUUUUAAAAAAAACUCAAGAGACGCCUAGUGAAUCAAGCAUAGAAGAUUCAGCUUUAAAACCGAAGGCCUGUAUAGCUCAGAUUGUGAAUAAAGAAGGAGAACCUGUGAAGCGGGGACGCGGAAGGCCAAGGAAUAAAAAAGUUGUAAGUCCACCGCAGAGCUCUCCUACCGCUGUUGAAAAAAUCAGCCAGGAUCUCAACGGAGAACCGCAAGUUGACAUUAAUUUUGCGGAGGGGGUGAAAGAUAAAACAAAGCCAAGGUCUAGAAAAUGGAAGAGGAAUAAAAAUAAAGUGGCUGCAAUACCACUGAAGAAGACCAGAAGUAACGAGAACACCGUCAAGGCCGUAGUAGACGAUAACAAUGUUGUUAUCCCAGCAGGAGGACAAUGUGAGACAACCCAAAAGCGAAAGAUGGUCAAUUUGAAACAGUUUCAAAAGCUUAUCAGACAACAACACUCAAAAACAAGCAGGUCAAAAGAAAGCCAGGAAAAUGAAACAAACAGAACCUCAAGAGAUGUUGAAAGUGAAGGGAAGGAAUGCAGGAGCAGAACAAAAAAAUUGACUAAAAUGGACAAUGCUCAGUCUCAGAACAAGGAUGGGAUUAAGGAGUCUCACGUCUUCAAUGUCCCAGUUGAUGAAAAUCACAAUCAAAUCUUCCACAAGUCAACAGAAGAGUGUGGCCAAUCACGGCGAAAUGAUGCAAACGGGACCGGUUUGUUUGGGGAUGAGCCCCCUCCCGUGUUUUCCUUUGAGUUCUUAAGAGAAGACCAGGCCAAGGUAGCAGCUGAGAGGGAGCAUCCACAAAAGAAUCCUGAUGAAGCUCUAAAAGCCCAUGAUGCAGGAGUGCCAGAUACACAUCAGACUUCGUUCAACAAUGAAGACUCGUCGCACAGCGACACCCAUCUGCCUCAACAAAACAAAACUCAUUUAAACCCACAGAUCCCCAAGAGAACUGCCCCCCCUCUUUCAGACACUGUCGGGUUCUGCAAAACCUCAGGCUGCGAUCAAGAAGAAAAUGAAGAAGAGGAGGAAGUGGAGGUCGAGGAGGAAGUGGAGGUGGACAUCCUUCAUUACUCCCCAGACAAAUUGCCUCCGAGCAGAGAGUGUUUGAACGGACUUCACAACAUUGAAAUAACUACAGAGGAAGAAGAAGAAGAAGAGGAGGAAGAUGUGAACGAUGUUGAUGUAACUGGAGAUGAGGCAGAGUGAAAAUUUUUAUUUGAGCAUAGUUUUUUGGCUAUGUUGUGACAGGUUCAGCACUUGUGGGCAAAGCCCUUUGUUCUCUUUGUUUGUGUAUGUUCACAGAGAUGCCAGACUUGAGUGAAUUUUGCUGUGAAGUAUUAUACAACAGAUUUGUAUUGUCCUUUUUUACGUUUUACCAGUCAGUUGGUAUACAUGGGAGUAACACUUCUGGGUUUGACCUUUUGUUAAGUUCAAUAUACAAGGUUAAAAUAUGUUUAUAUUAUUUUAUUCAUGUUUCUAUUAAUAUUAUGCAAAAGUAUUGAUUGCAUAGAGAACAAAGUGUUGUUCACAUCUAUCUUAA